AUGAAUGAUCCUCAGGUAAUCGAAGCUCAUCCACCAAGAACGUUGAUGACUGUUGAAACGCCGCUUCGAAAUAUUACUUUAAUUGCUGAACUUAAGCCAGGAGUGAAGAACCUGAACUGCACUUUCAUUAUCUUGGAAAAAGGUAUGUUUUUAUAGUUUAUUUUGUUUUUUGAUUUAGGUAUAAGGUUUGCAAUGGUGUUUUGGCUGAUUUGAACAUGAAACGUGUUUGCUUUGAUUAAAUUUUAUAUUAACUUUGACAAAAUUGAUGUUGGUCGUAUUAUUUUGAGUAUAACUUUUUUGUGAAAGUAAAUAGGGACUUAAAAGUUUGUAUAAUGUAAGGAUUUUCUUUGGGCUAUGUAUUUCAAAAACAAAUAUUUUUAAACUUACAGAAAUUUAGAAGUCGUAGUAAUUGAAAAUGGCAGAAACCUAAGAAAGUUAGCAUUUUCAAGAAAUCCAUUUUUUUUGUUUAAUCAGCAGUAAACUGAUUAGUUAACUUAUUUCACUUCAGCUCAAAGCAGAACAGCAGCAAAUGGACAUACACAUUGUUCUUUUAAAGUCAGCGAUGAAAGUGGAUGCAUAAACUUGACGUUAUGGGACGAAGCCGUUCAUUACCUUCAACCAGGCGAUGUUUGCUCGCUAAAAUGUGGUUCAACUAGCGUUUACAAAGGAGUAAUGAGUUUGAACUGUGGUAAAAACUCAGAAAUCCUUAAGACUGGUCGUAUUAUUCAUCACAUGAACCUAACACCAGAUAUGAGCGCUUUUAGUGAGGAAUAUGAGCGAAUGUAUUCGAAUAACAAUAAGUCAAUGGACGAGAAUGAUUGUAAGUGAUUUUAGCUUGGUUUACAAUGUAUUUUUUAUAUGUUUAGGUAACAAAUUUUUGAAAAAUUAAAGAAGAAGGAUAAAGCAUUUUAUUUCUCACGUUUUUAUAAAUUUAGAUACAUAAUACGACUGUAAAACGAAUGGUUGGCCGUUCAACGCUAAUUUUUUCAGCUUUUUAAGUAUUUUUGAUCAUAAUAAUUGUAAAUAUUAAUGUUUUUCUAACUUACUAUAUUGUGAAAUGUCGAAAACAUUGUUUUAGUCAAUCUGUAACUUCAAAUUUUGUUAUUUUAAAUCAUCCGUCGAACUUUAACUGUCAAAUCGUCAAUGUUACUGUUUUAUUAUGUGUUUUUCUUCUAAAAAACUUUCUUUACGCUUUUUUCUGUCUAAAAUUUAUUUUUUUUGUUACCUAAAAUUCAUUUUGUAGCAUAGUUAUCACUAAUCCAAACCGUUUUCAGUCAAACGGUACCGUUUCAGCCCAAAUUUCAAACGAAGCUAUGUCUGAACGUCUCUUGUUAAAUAGUAGUCUUGCACGGGUACUUUUUUGUUAAUAUUUUUAAUAAACAUAAAUUUGAUAACAAAAAACGUUUGGUUGUUUUUUAAUGGGGUAGGCAGGGGAGGGAUUUAAAAUUAAUUUUUUGUUUGAUCUUGAUACUUGAAAUAGGCUAGGCCAGAAUUUAGGCUAACUUUUGAAUUAAAAAGCGUGGAAAAAGGGGUUGCAAAGUGCAAAAAAUGAAAAAACUAAAGAAUUAAUGGAUUUUGAAAACACCCUUUACCUUUAUCCCGACCUUUACUCCUAUCCCAACCCUUACUCCAGCUCUUACCCCGACCUUUACCCCUAUCACUACCUCUACCCGUACAGAUACUCCUACUUUUACCCUUACUCCUUUCCAUUCGCUUACCAGUGCCUCAACCUCUACCUUUACCUCUACCCGCUCUUCUUAUACUCCUACCCUACACUUAACCCUACCUUUACCUUUACUCUCACAUGUUUGCAAAGGUAAAAUAUAGAGGAUUACAGACUAAAAGAGGUCAUAACAGUGACUAAUAACAGAAAAGAUAAGGGAGUGACGUUUAAUGCAAAUACUAAUGGAAGUGAUAAGGAACUAUCCCAUAACCAGAAAAAAUGUCUCUGCAGGCUUAAAACAGGAAAACUCUUUUUAUUACUAUAACUUGGAAAUGAACGUUUUCUUGUUAAUCUUAUUUUUUAUUUUAUAUUGUAGUUGUUAUGCUAAUGUGAUAAAGAAGCCUAAAUUGUUCAAAAUACCUUUGACUAGGGUCAAGGAUGAUAUUAGUCGGAACAAACCUAACUACUGUAAGUUAUUUUAUACUCAAAGAUUUUUUUUAUUAGUGUUGCUGGUCUUAGGCUUAGUAGGCUUAUGCUUAGUAGGCAAGGCUUAGUAGGGUUAGCAGGCUUAUGCUCAGCGAGCUUAUGCUUGGCAGGCUCAGGAUUAGUAGUCUUAGGCUUAGUAACCUUAUGCUAAGUAGGCUUAGAUUUAGUAGGGUAGGCUUAUUAGGCUUAAGUUUAGUGGGCUUAGGCUUAGUAGUCGUACGCUUAGUAGGCUUUGGUUGAGUAAUCAUAGGCUUAGUAUGCGAAGGCUAUGUAGGCUAAGACAGUAGACUCGUUUAGUAUGCAUAGGGUUAGCAAAUAUUUUUUUACUUGCUUAAAAAAAUUUUUUUAGUCAAUGAGUCGCUAUAUGACAUUAAAAAGAUUCAUGACGUUUCAAUAGCCAGUAUGUUUGAAAUGCGUUUAAACAGCGAAAAACAUCAGCGGUUUAAAAACUACCUUGAUGUUGAAUAUGUGGGUAAUAUAUAUUUGGGUAGUAACAAACAGAGAUUCCAAGUUGUUUUGGAUACGGGAUCCAGCGACUUUUGGGUCCCAAACGAGAAUUGUACUGCAAGAUGUCAUCGGUUCUGUCAAAAUGGUAGGUUUGGCACUAUUUUUGGUUUUUCGUAAUAUUUAUCAUCGUUUAGUACACUUUUAGUUUUUUGGUAUAAUUUUCGACUUUUGGUAAUAUUUUUGAUUUUUGGUACUAUUUUUGAGUUUUAGUGCUAUUUUUAAUUUUUUGGUACUAUUGAUUUUUGAUGCUGUUUUUGACUAUAUAGUACUAUUUAUUCAUUGUUUGGUACUACUUUUUUUGGUACUAUUUUUGAUGUUUGGUACAAUCUUUCACUGUUUAGUACCAUCUCUCGUUCUUUAGUGCUAUUUAUCUUUAGUUGCUACUAUUUUUUUGAGUUUUUGUACUUUUUUUGAUGUUUGGCACAAUUUUUCACUGUUUAGUACUAUUUCUCAUUCUUUAGCACUAUUUAUCUUUAGUUGGUACUGUUUUUUGAGUUUUGGUACUAUUUUUUACUGCUUAUUACUAUUUAUCAUUAUUUGGACCAUUUUUGGUUGUUCUAUGCCGUUUUAGAAUUUAACUUUUAGAGGUCUUCCGACGAUACUUUUGUGCAUCACAAUGUUCAUUUUCAAAUGGCAAAAUGCCUGAAGAGGUUGAGAGCUGUGGAGAUAAAAAGAGGUUCAUAACUGGAAACUCAGAGACUUUUGAAAGCAUGAGUCAAUACUUUUCGGUGCUUUAUGGUACUGGUAGUGCUCAAGGCCAACUGGGGACUGAUGAUGUUUGGUUUGGCAAUCCGAAUGAUGACAAUAGUUUGAGAGUUAAUAAAGUAAGGUUGUAGCCUUAGCUGCAGUUUUAGCCCCAGCCUCAGCCUUAGCUUCAGGUCUAGCUUCAGCCCUAGCCUCAGACCUAGCAUUAGCGUCAGCACUAGCGUCAGCCCUAGCUUCAGCCUUAGUCUUGGCCCUAGCUCCAGUCCUAGCCUUAGAACCAGCCCUAGCUUAAUCCCGAGCUCUUGCCUUGGCCCUAGUUUUAGCCUUAGUCCUAGCCUAUUGUUCUAGUCAUAGGCUUUAGAUUAAUUUCUACUUUUGCUUUAGUUAUAGCUCUUGUCAUAGGCUUAGUCUUAGCCUAAAUUUUUACCCUACAGAUCUUUUCUUUAGCCCUAGCUCAAACUUAGGUCUUACUUGUUAGUCUUACUACUAGCAGUAGCCUUAAUUCUAGCUCUAGCCCAAUAGCUAGUUUUAGCUUUAGACCAAAUUCGAACCCUAGCUUUACCCCUGCUUCUUUAAUUUUGUAUGGCGACCUUCCUAUAUUUUUUGUUUGCAACAUCCUACUUAUAUCUCUUUGUCUUACAGUACGUACUCAACUUACUUUAGUAAAAUGUACUUUUUUAGGUAACAUUUGGGCGUGCUUUUUUGAUGGCUGAAUUUUUCGAAAACACUUAUUUGGAUGGUAUACUGGGUCUUGGAUUUACUUCACUUUCAGGUGGCCAAAUUGAUCCGCCUUUUGUUAAAGUAAGGUUUUUUUUUCGAUUUUAAAAAACAAAAUAUGAAAUUUUUUAAAAAAUUUUUAAAUUUUUUGAAAUUCUACUUUAAAAAUAAAAAAAAGCUCACCACAACCACUGUUAUAGGCCUACAAAGAUGGCCUAGUAUCUCCAAUCUUCACCGUAUGGAUGAAAAUGUCGCCAGUGAAUGACAGAAGAGGUGCUGAUGGAGGUCAAAUCACUUACGGUGGUAUUGAUGAAGAUCAUUGUGAGAAUAGUAAUCUGAUUGAAGUUGAGCUGGAAAAUGCUGGGUAUUGGCAGUUUGUGGUCGAAAAAAUUGUUUUGAGACAUAAACAAGAUACAAAGGACAGAGAAAUUGGGCCUAAGGAGUUCUCGGUGUGUUUCACAUUCUAUUUUGUUUUUGAAUUUUGGUUAUGGUAGGGUAGGGAAUGAUAGAAUGUAAUAUUGUGUAGAUAAGGUUAAUAAUAAGUAAUGCUAGGGGAUACAAAGGGACAAAAUAGUUUAAAGUAAAGUAUUGUAAGGUAGAGCAGGGUAGGAUAAAAUAUGUUACAGUAGGGCGUGGUAAGCUAGAAUAGAAUAGAAAACAUAGUAUGGGUUAGCAAAGGGUAUGGAGGACAGGGCAUGGCAAAAUAGGGUAUGUAUAUGACGUUAGUGUAGGGUGUGGUAAGACAGGACAGAAGGUAGGGUAGGGUAGGGCAGCGUAAGGUAGGGUAGGGUAGGGUAGGGUAGGGUAGGGUAGGGUAGGGUAGGGUAGGGUAGGGUAGUGUAGUGUAGGGUAGGGUAGGGUAGAGUAGGGUAGGGCAGGGUAAGAUAGGGUAGGGCGGGGUAGGGUAGUAUUGGGUAUGGUAAGGUAGGGUAGGGUAAAGUAGAUAAUUCUAAUUUCCUUUUAAAAUUUUAGGCAAUAUCAGACACCGGCACCAGUUAUCUAGUAGUAGACAACUCUAUUGUCAAAGAGAUUGCUGAAGUACUUCAUGCUUCAGUAGAUCGAUACGGUACUCUUACUGCUGAUUGUACUGAACAAUUUUCAUUGAAAUUUCAUGUUAAAAAUAGCAAUGGUUAUGGUAAGUAUAAUAUAAUAGUAACACCUAAUUCAAAUUUAAAAAAAAAAUUUAUUUAAAAUUUUUUUAAAAAACAAAUUUAUGCCAUUUUUAGACAGAGUACUAGAACUAACUCAUGAACAUCUACUAGUUAAGCGAACUAUGUCUAGCAGCUGUAUUGUAGCCGUAGCUGGGCAGGACGGCGAUGGCGUAGCUAUCUUGGGAACGCCUUUGAUGCGAGCAUACUGUAACAUUCAUGACAUGAAAAGAGAAACAAUUUCUUUUACUAAAAUAAAAAAUACUAAUUGAAAAAAUAAAAAGCUUUGAAAUUUUGGCUUUACAACAUUCUACCAUGUUCUCAUGCUUUACCUUGCCUAUACCUUGCCUUGCCUUGCCUGUAUUUAACCAUGGCUUGCCCUGUUCAUGUCUGACUCUGCUUAGUUCGGCUUAUUUUUUACCCUGAUUGAGCUUGGCUAUGUCUUAUUCUGCCUUGCCCAUGGUCUAUCCUGUCUCUUAUUUUUUUAUGAUUUUAGGUAGUUUGUAGUCUUAUUCUAAAGCUAAUAUUAUAUCCUUCUUGCAUGUUUUUCUCUAUAUUUUACUGCGUGUUAGUUCUAAAGCAACCAUACUUUUUCAACAUUUUAAAAUUUUUCUACCAUAGUCUUUUCUUAUAUAAAAAUCAUUAAACUUCAAUUUCAGAACAACAAUUAAUCUUAUUUGAAUCCGGUAUAACUGCUAAAAAAGAUUGUCAGUGAUAACUGCAAAUGUUUCAUUGAUAACGCUACUUCACAAUAUAAAUCGUUGAAUUUGACCUCAUUUUAUCAAAUUUUCACGUUUGUUGCACAUUGCUUUUUGCUGCCUCGACAAUGCUUCUAGUCAUAGCAUUUUUUUGCUUUGUGUUUAAUGUAAAUUCAGACGUAGUAAAAGUAGAAUUGACGAAAAGUUUGCCGAGUAACGUGAGGAAAAGCGGAGAAACAUUGGAUUUGUUGGAGGGGAAUGACUAUGUUGGUACGUUUUUUAGUUAAGAAAAACAAAAAUAAAAUCUUUUAAGUCUUAAAAAUGUGUAUGAUUGCUAAAUUUUUACCAAUCAGUGCAUUGGAUACACAUGUUUUGAAGAAAUAGAUUUUUUUUCAAGUUUUCUUGGUAGGAACCAAAAAUAAAAAAUGGUAGUAAAGAUCAUUUUCCAGUUUAGAAAUGCAAAUUUUUAUUUAAUUAGCGUUAGAUUGUAUAAUUUUAUAAGCAAUAUGUGAUAAAAAAGGUUUUUUAAGUUUUCGUGGUGGGACCCAAAAAUUAAAAAAGUACGAACAAAAGAUAUUCUUAGUAGUUUAAAAAUUCAUAUUUUAAUUCAAAUGGUAAUAUAAAGCAUUGUUUUAUAAAGGAUUAUAUGAUAAAUAUCAUUUCAAGUUUUCGUGGUGGGACUCAAAGAUCAAGAAGAAAUGUAAAGAUUGGCUUUAAUUUGAUAAGAGCUUAUUGAAAAUUAAUGCUGAAGGUAAAAAAAGAUCAAAAUGAAGUUAAAACAUUGUAAACUGUAUUUUAGGUAUAAUAGUGAACUUAAUUUUAGGUAACAUAACCAUCGGAGAUCCGCCGCAAAACUUUACGGUUGCAUUUGACAUUAACCUUGGUAAUGUCUGGGUACCGGACAUUGAAUGUGAAUGUACUGCAAAGUGUAAAAUACGUAAGUUCUAAUGAUGGCUUAAAAAAUUUUAUUGAUAAAAGUUUUACUGUAAUUUUACAUGAUAUGUAAAGUUAGAUGAUUAAAAGCAUAUCUUUCAGCAUUCAUGUGCAAGAGCUUGUGUAAAACACAUUGUUGUACUAAAAAGGCAUCCGUAACUGAUGUUCGAGUAGCUAUUGAUGAUAAGUUUUUAUUUGAAAAUGCCAUAGACAAUAUCCGAAGAUCAAAAGACAGCUUUUUGGAUCCAGUGUGUAAGGACAAACAUAAAUAUGACAGCACUUUGUCAGGGACAUAUGGUACAGGUAAGUUCUAUAAAUUACAUUCAGUAAGGCGAAGCUUUAGGUAAGAGACUGUAGCUUUAUGGUUCGCCAUAGUAGAGUAAGAAAAGUUAGAGUAGGGUGGGGGCAGAGCAAGGCUCGUAAAGUAGCAUAGACUAUAGUAUGAUACGGUAGCGCAAUCUACGGUAAGGCAAAGUAAAAUAAAGGGUGGUGAGGCAAGACAGGGUAUAGGCAAGAUAUGGACAAGGUAUAGGCAAUGCAGUGUAGGAUAGAAUAAUGUAAGACAGUGUAAUUUAAGUCAUCGCAAGGUCGGUUAAUGUAGGGUAGGAUUAGAUAGGGUAAUGUAGGGUAGGGUAGGGUAGGGUAGGGUAGGGUAGGGUAGGGUAGGGUAGAGUAGGGUAGGUUAGGGUAGGGUAGGGUAGGGUAGGGUAGGGUAGGGUAGGGUAGGGUAGGGUAGGGUAGGGUAAAGUUUUUUAGCAAGCUCCAGUAUUCAUAUUAAAUUGUUACAUAUAUAUUUGUAGAUGACCGUUACUGGGAGAUCAACUACAUUGGCGGUAAAGCCAGUGGAAAACUAGCUCAAGACAGUCUAAGUGUAGGCCGUUCUCUACGCUUACCUCACACAACAAUAGGCUUGGCUACCGAAUUUCCAGAAGAAUAUAAAGAAUCCAGAUACGACGGUGUGUAUGGUCUAGCACGACAAACUACAGUAGCCUAUCAUAAUGUAGAAAGUCCUAUGUUUCAAGCUGUUCGAUUAGGCUUACUUGAUGAAAACAUGAUAAGCCUAUGGCUUAACUCGAAGGAAAGUGAACCGGCUGGGUACAUUGCAUUUGGUGGUGUUGAUAAUGAACAUUGUAGCUUGAUAUCAGAGUUUGAGCCUACUGUAGAUGAUUAUUCUUGGAAGAUGGAGAUGAAGAAGAUUCGAGUUGAUAGUGUGGCUGCAGAAAAUGAUUGGAAGGUAAGACAGGAGAGGAAGCGUAAGCGCAUUAUUAAAUAGUCAGAGUAAAGAGAUGUCGAAUAUUCCGGUUAAAUAUUCGGAUAAAAACAAUAUAAAAAGCAACUGAGAUAGAUAAGAUCUGAUCGCGAUUAAGGCUUUGAGAGAAGGAGCCCCGGUAGCUUAAUAGGUAAAGCAUUCGUCCGGUAAACGAAGGAUGCAGGGUUCGACUCCUGCCUGAGCCACUUUUUCUCUCAUAGUCUGAUAUCUCUUUAAAAUUCUACAUGGUGCAAUUGACCAAAUGGAUAACGCAUUUCUCUCGCCGCUGGGGAGUCAUUGACAAAUCAAUGAUCGCAGAAAGAAUCGCUGCACAGUCAGGCAAAAGAAGGAGAACAAAAAACCACUGAAUCAACCAUGAAGUCAAGGAAGCGACACAGAAAAAAUCAAAUUAUAGGAAGUCUCUAUGAUUAAAAAGAAAUCUCACGGAAGGCCAAAAGAAAGCGUUGUAAAGAAGCUGAAAUACAACAACAAAUAUGACUUUCUUCUUCUCUUGGGAUUGUCAAAUAUUCCGGUUAAAUAUUCGGAUAAAAACAAUGGAAAAAGCAACUGAGAUAGAUAAGAACUGAUCGAGAUUAAGGCUUUGAGAGAAGGAGCCCCGGUAGCUUAAAUGGUAGAGCAUUCGUCCGGUAAACGAAGGAUGCAGGUUUUGACACCUGCCUGGGCCACUUUUUCUCUCAUAGUCUGAUAUCUCUUUAAAUUUCUACAGAGAAUAAGUCUAUCGGGUUACUAUAUAAAUGAUCGUAGCUUAGGUACAGUGUGAUAAUAUAUUAAAAUACAUUAAGAGACGGUAAUGUAGGGCAGAGUAAAGUAAGAUAAGAUAAAUUACAGAUUUAAAGUAUGUUGUAGUAACAUAGAGUACGGCUGUUCAUACCGGCCUUACGAAAGAUACAGUUAUACAUAAAGCACAGUGACAUAUGGUAGAGGAACACGCAUACCGUGCGUCAGCUUACGUUGGAUUAGAGUAGAGAGCACGAUAUAGAACAGUACGGUUUACGAUAGGGUAAAGUAUAAUACAGUAGGCUAGAGUAAGGUUUUUUAGGAUAAGAUAGAGUAGGCUAAAGUAGGAUAGGUUAUGAUAGUGUAUGACUACAAUAUUCCUAGGUUACCAUAUUAUUAACUAACAUUAUAAAGCUUUAGACAGAGCUAGACCUAUCUUAUCCAUACGUCGGCGGCCCAAGAAACAUCUUAGAAAUGUUGUCAAAGCCGAUUGGCGCUACAUACGACGCUUUCAAAGACACCUACUACGUUAGUUGUAACGCCGAGUUCAACGUUGUAUUGACAUUUAAUCAACAAGAAUACCCAAUAUCAUCUCAGCUGUUGAUAGUAAAAGAGAUUACCAACAAAGAUGGACUAUGCUUGUUAGCUUUUAAAAAUUACUACAGUGUACAUUCGGAUUGGCGAUUGGGUUCACCGUUCUUGAAACAGUACUGUGUAGUGCUGGACUUUAGUGGUCAAAUUGGAAUUGCUUUAACUUAUUGA